CGUCAGUGUGUAUGAGAGGAGUCCGGCGUCGCCUGGCUUCCUUCUCCACAUAAGUUUGCUCUUUGUUUGUCAGCUGUUAGUGAAAGAUUUCUUCCGUCCCGUCAACAAAAAACAACGCCGUGUUAUGGAACUAGACAAAAUGGACGAGAACGAUUGGAAAUACCACGGGGAAGGGAACAAGAGCCUUGUUGUUUCACACGUCCAGCACUCCAGAGUCCUUCGGCUUUUGAAAUACCCUUGUGAGGAAACACAAAACACACAUCAGACAACAGAACAAGCUUUCCAACACAUUCCCAACAUAGUUGAUUAUAGCAGAAAUGUCAUGAAGCCAUUGUUGGGGGAGAAAUAUGUGCACAGUGGAGAAGUUGUUAAACUCCCGUUGGACUUUGUACGAAAGCUGUCGUUGAAGAUCCAGCAAGAACGCCCAGAAUUACGGUGUGAUAAAGUGAUGGACACUUUCAGUGGGUGUGGCCUGUGUCUUCCCAACCUCACCCACCUGUCGCUGUGCCACUUUGGAGAUCACCGACCUCCUCUGUGUGUCGAAAUUAAGCCAAAGUGUGGAUUUCUUCCCUUUUCAAGACACGCUACCAAGGAAUGUAAGAGAAAAGUGUGCCGAUUUUGUAUGCACCAGCAUUUUAAGGUAAGGGACUUUUACGAAGCAACUGUCAUGCAAAUGUCGUUACAUAUUCUAUAUACUAAUAGGAACAAGUUUCCUUACUUCUGCUUUAACUUCUGUAUUAACAGGCAGCUCAUAACUGACUACCUCAAAGGGUCAGCUACAUCAAAAACCACAGAUCUAGCUAAUGGGAAGUGGAACAGGCUGAGUCGGUACUGUCCCUUGGAUCUCUUCUCAGGGAGCAAACAGAGAAUGUAUAUAGCAAUCAAGAACCUGUUGGAAGAACCACAAAACAAUUUGAAAAUAUUUAAGGGUGGAGAACUGAUAUACAGCUGCAAAGAUGAUGCCAAGCAACAACCCGACUUAAACGAGCUUGUCCAGCACCUGUGGCCCUACUUCCACCACAGCAACGGGCACCAGUCCAGCAAAACUGUCCUCAGUGAGUUCAUUCAGGUGAUCUGCAGCGCUCUGCUAAGUACCGGAGACUCGAAUCGCUCUGUAGAACCGAGGAAGAUGCAGCUCUCUGACGGCAGAGUGCUCUGUGAAGCCAGUCCACUUCACAGAGAUCUGCUACGCAACGGCAGUCCUGGUCUUCCCAAAGACUGCGUCCUUGCCAAAAUCCUCCAAGCCCAGAUGAUGGACAACCUUGACAUUGAAGGCCUCUACCCACUGUACAAGAGAGUGGAGCAAUAUCUGGAGGAGUUUCCUAAAGAAAGGAACAGAUUGCAGAUCGAUGGUCCUUAUGACUCGAGUUUCCUGGAGAAGGUGAAAACGUGUCCUUCUGAAGACGAUGGCUCCAUAGAAUAUGCAGUUGCAAAGGUUCUUCAGUACAGAGUAGCAAUGACCGCUAAGGAUUGCUCCAUCAUGAUCACCUUCGCACCUUGUGGAGAAGAUGAAAAACUACAGCCUCAUUUAGAAAUCCAACCCACGAAAUCUCGUUUUGCGUUCUCCGUCUCCAUCCUGGAUCUGGAUCCUAAGCCGUACGAGAGCAUCCCUCACCAGUAUAAACUCGACACCAAAAUCGUCAACUAUUACCUGAAGAGCACAAUUGACACAAAGGAGCUGCCUCCCUCCAGCCUUUACAGUGAGCGGCAGGACUGCACGCUGCUCUUCCACCCCGUAUGAACCUCGCUUUCUUCACGGCUCUGCUCCACACGCUGCUUCUCAUGUCAUCGAUGGAUCUGUGUGUAUUAUUCUGGGUUUUUUUUUAUUAUUAUUAUUUGUAUCCACACUUCAUUAAGAUGUGUGCCAUGUUUUUUUUUUUUUUUUUUGUUUUUUUUUUUAAAACCUGGAAGUGACUGAACCUUUCAAAGAAUGAAAGGCACAGAGAAGGGAAGGGCUUGUUUUGGGGGGUCAUAUAACAACCGCAUUCUAGUGCCAAGAGUGGCUUUCUUCACAUGGAGUGAUUGUGUCUCUGUGUAAAGACUACAGUGAGGGGUAAUUCAAAUAAAGAUGGAUACUUGAUGUGAAAUGAGACUACUACUCCAUAACGUUUAGGUCUGUGACCACUGACAUUAACAGGAUUUACAAUAUGGCUAGACGAAUGCAUGUUGAUGCGUUUAGCUCAAGGCUGUCGCUUUUUUGUACGUUCAGUAAGUACUGUACCAUAGUCAGUUAUUAUUUAUGUUAAGUAAUCAAGCUUCUCAAAUCAUCUUUGAUGGGGCUUGUGAUUUUAUUUUAUUUUUUUUCCUCUUUUUUCUUUCUUUCCACAGUUAAAAAAAAAAGCACAUUGGUUGCUGAUGACAAAUGUUUAACCACUGCAUGUGUUUGCUGCUUAAUAUGUUCCCGAUCCGUUAUGUUUUUACUGGACGUGUUUUCCCGGCGUUUUCCAUUCCCCCAUUUACUCGUUCUUUGCUUAAUUUCCCUCCACCUAAAGUGUAGCAUGUGUAAUUACCAUGAACAACCUCUGGUAAUUUGUGUGCUAUAACAGAUGCAGUGGAUGCAGACCAGGUUUAAAUAAAGAGCUCUUCCUUUUAAGUGAAAGAAGGGAGAGUAUGUUUUGGAGAGUGUUCUCGUUUGGCCCUAAACCAGAUUCGGCGUCGGUAAAAGGUUGUAUAUGCAGACCAAAGCCGUUCAACAUACAAAUUGCACAUGAGUAUAAAGAGCCAAGCUGGCACUUUCCAAAACUUCAUGACUUAAAGAAGUUUGUUAAAUUUUUAAUGGCUUCUUUAUAAUAACAUAGUUUUAAUGAAGUUGCUUGUGGCUCAUUGCGUACGUCUGGCAGAUUUAAUUCCAGCAGAAAGCACAGCAUUUACUAAAGCCAAAUCUUUUUAUAGAGACAAAUGUAAACUACUUGUGUGUGAUCAUUUGAACUAAACACUAUACAUACAGUAACAUUGAAGGACUUUGUACGCACAUGCUCGUAGUUGAGCUUGUAUCAGCUUAGAAACGCCAGAUCAGAUGCAUGUCUGUGUUCAUCCACAGACUCAUGAUGCAUCAUUGCUUUGACCAGUGCUGUGAUAUUUUUAUUUUAUUUAUUUAAAUUUUUUUUCUUCCACCUCACGUGAUCUAGUGAAUGCUGUGUCUAAUAGUAUUGAUUUUAAACCACUAAAGUCCUGUUUUUCUCUUUAGUUAAACAACUGAACAAUUCUAUGACAUGAUCAGACUUUUUACAUGUCAGAUCUCGAGGCCUUAAUCGACAGUUCAGAGGAUUUUCUUGGACAGCCUUUAAUAUCGGCCAAACUCUUUACUGUUCCUCCUAAUGUACCUCUGUAGGUGUUUGUACUUUGUGCUGCACAAUUUAAGUUCAGUAGUCAUCACAUAUGAAAGAGUAAAACAGCAUUUUUGUAGUUUUAAGUGAAAUCAGAUGUUGAUGUUACUCUAAUGCAAAAGAU